AUGGCGACCAAGAAAGCACCAACCUGUCUUGACCUCUGCGUGACAGCAGAUGACUUCGAGGCGGCGGCGAAAGAAACUCUCUCCGAAAAGUCAUGGAUCUACGCUUCAAGCAGUGCUUCUUCAGGUCUUUCACACCAAUCAAACUUGGACGACUGGUCUCGCAUCAACUUCCGGCCUCGAAUCAUGAGAAACGUCAACUCUAUAGAUACAUCACGAAACAUCCUGGGCCGCAAGUCCAAGCUUCCAUUCUUUAUAUCCGCCAUGGGCACACUAGGUAGCUCCCAUCCUGGUGCUGAGCCGUUGCUGGUUCAAAGCGCAACUCGCAAGGGCGUGGAUGCGGUGAUCAGCACCGCCACAAGCAAGUCUUUAGAGGCGAUCAUGAAGGCUCAUCAGGAUGAGCAGGAAAGACUGGGGAACUUAAGUCCGUCGAGACUGGCCUUCCAGUUAUACGUCCCCUCUGACCGGACAAAGGCGAGAGACUUGAUUCAAAGGGUCAAGGCUGCUGGUUAUCAAAGUCUAUGGAUCACCGUGGACUCCUCGACUCAGGGAAAGCGUACAGCCGAUCGCUAUCUGCAGGCACAGGAGAAAUUGGAUCAAGGAGGAGAAGUCGUGAGACAAGCCGCCGCAGACAAUGCAUUCGGGCCUGCGUUUGGUGGUCGUCCAACGGCUGGAUACCUACAUCCUGCCUUGAACUGGGAAGAUCUGGCAUGGAUCUCACAAGAAUGGGAUGGCCCUGUAGUAUUGAAAGGUGUUCAAUCUGUUGAGGAUGUAAAACUGGCCGUUCAGUACGGCGUGCAGGGCGUUUUGCUGAGCAAUCACGGUGGGCGUCAAAUUCAUUCGGCACCUAGCGCACUGAUGACGCUCUUGGAGAUUCGCACCUACUACCCAGAAGCGUUCGACAAAUUGCAAGUUUUCGUGGACGGUGGACUUCGCGAUGGCGCAGACGUUCUCAAGGCCUUGUGCCUUGGGGCCACGGCUGUGGGUGUUGGGAGGCCAUACUACUACGCACUCGCAGCGUAUGGUGGAGAUGGGGUUGAUAAAUGCACGGAGAUUUUGACCGAGGAACUCGAAAUUUGCAUGAAGAUGCUCGGUGUUUCAUCGCUUGAGCAGCUUCAUCCCGAUAUGGUUAAUGCCACCCGAUUGUUGAGUGAAAUGUGGCGACCAAUGAGCGUGAGAUCGAGGCUGUAA